UUCGCCUUCCUUUCCUCUGUUUCCUUCUUUCCUUUUCUAAGGAAACAAAAGAUUUCUUCUUGGCUUCCCUUCCGUUUGUUCUCUAUAUGUCACCCAAUUAGCCGUUCGUUCUAUCGCAGCAUCCACACAUCCUGCCAACGAGCCUCAUCAACACACACCUGUCCAUUCUUCCACCACACCGUUCCCACCGAAGAGAAAAGAGUAGAAACAAAAACUAGGAAUUAUGUAUGAUGAUAAUAACAACACAACAAUCCCUGCCUCAGCUCUCUCAUUCCAGUCUCAGUCGCGUACGAAUAACCCAUUGGCUUUUUUGCCUAUAUGUCCAUUUCCUUCGCUUGCUGCUAAUUGUUGCGUUCAUUCGAUUGAACAGGAAAUCUUACCUAUUCAGCAAAAAAGAACCCAAGUUGGGCCACUCCAUUCUUUAUUCUUAAGCAUUCCUUUUUCUGUCUACAGACAUGAAUGGGGAGUGAAGAAGAAUACUCACCUGCUUUUCUUUUCCUUCCUUUUCGCUCCAUCCUCAUCCUAUCCUUCCUUUUGACUUGGCGUUAAAGUUAGUCCAUCGUGUGUACUCUUUUGCAGCGUUUCAAAGACACCUUAAAACGUUUAAUCGAGUCUCUUCAUCACGGCGUAGCGAAACAAGCAAGCAAAAUCUCACUCGGAGAAGCCAAAGCCAUGGCCACGGAAACCACGCACUCGAGUUCUUCCGAGCUCGCAUCCACGCGAGAAAUGAAACCGAGUGCUUCGGAAACGGAGACGUCCGACAGCUUCGUUGCUGUUGACAUCGACGAGCUCUCUCAGCAACUCAUGGCAAACAUCAAGGAUCGUUCCAGCUCAACCCCACGAGUUGUCUCGGUGAUGAAGAAGAAUCUUUCAAGAAAAGGAUCACAAGGCAGCGGCGCCGAGCGAGAGAAGAAUAAGACGGAGCAACGAGACCAUCAUCAGGGCACCGGGGACAAGUCACCUCUUUCAAUACGCGUGGAGACCGACGGGGAGGCGGCGUCGCUUUAUCAUGUGUCGGGCCCGACAGCGGAAGCGGGGCGAUGGAGGCGGGUCGGCCCUCGGCGUCCUCCCUUGCCGUGGCUCGACCCCAACCGAGUCGUAAUCGUAUUCGCCACCUUUGAUGCUCGCGGCUCCCUAGCUCGUCGCAAUGCCAACAUAACCCCUUUGCAGAUCGCUCCCGAAGCUCUUCUCUUGUCAACUUUUUUGGUGUAGGGGCUCGACUGACAGUGGGGGGGCUAAGGGCUUUGGUAUUACUGGUUGAGGAGUGACCCUAGUCCUCCGGGCUUCAUGGUUUAAUCGCUCCUCUUGAAGUCAUGCGAAAAAGACGGUUGUUAGAAGCGUGUAUGAUUGUUGCGCUUUAACUUUUUCCCGGAUCUCCAGUUUCAAGCCCUCAACAAAGGUCCCCAAUAGCUAUUUUUCACACCAAUCAUGAGUUUGAUUAGAUAACCUUUCAAACCUGGUUUGGUACUCCUGAAUGGUGGAGGUUUGUCGGAUAUUUGCUAAUUGUCCGUCAAUGUUCUCGUAAUCGGUUGGUCCGAAGCGGAUCAGUAGUCCUUCUUUGAAUUGUCACCAA